GCGGGGCGGGAGGGCCGGGCGAGCCCUGAGGCGCCGGGCGCGGCUCUUGCGGCGGUUUCUGCGGCUCCUCCGGACGGUACCCAGUGAGGGCAAGAACCUCAAGAUGUCGAGGAAUUUCUCUGACACAGGCAGCAGAAAAGAACAUGUUAAAAUCACAAGUGAGUCCAAACCAGGGUUCCUGGAGAGGCUCAGCGAGACUUCUGGAGGCAUGUUGAUGGGACUUGUGACAUUUCUUCUGUCUUUCUACCUUCUUUUUACCAAUGAAGGACGAGCUUUAAGGACAGCAAAAUCACUUGAUGAGGGACUUUCUCUUGUGAUCCCUCUUGAUAGCAUCCACAGUGUGUCUCAGCAGAAUGAAGGGAGAUUGGUGCACUUAGCUGGCGCUCUGAGUACAUCUAAGCCUUUGUUUGAUCCCAGCUAUGGGCUCUCCAUCCAGGCUGUCAAACUUAAGCGUCAUGUGGAAAUGUACCAAUGGGUAGAAUACGAAGAUUCUACGGAAUAUGAAGAGAAUGGUGAGAUUAAGAAAGAGACAAAGUAUUCAUACAAUACUGAAUGGAAAUCAGAAGUUGUGAACAGCAGAAACUUUGAUCGAGAAAUUGGACACAAAAACCCUAGUGCAAUGGCUGUGGAGUCUUUCACUGCUGUUUCUCCUAACGUUCAGGUUGGCAGCUUUGUUCUUUCCAACGGUCUUGUGGAUAAAAUUGAUAACUUCAAGCAGUUGAGCUUGUCAAACCUUGAGGAUCCACAUGCUGAUGUUACCCGAGGAGGAGAUUAUUUUUACCACAGUGAGAACCCCAGGCGUCCAGAAGUAGGAGACCUUCGUGUCUCGUUCUUCUACGCAGGUCUGAGUGGAGAUGACCCCCAUUUGGGCUCUGCUGAUAAGGUGACUGUGAUCGCUCGCCAGCGAGGCGAUCAACUGGUUCCAUAUCAUACCAAGUCUGGAGAUGUCCUGCAGAUUCUGUACCCUGGGGAUCUCUCUGUGGAGGAAGUGUUUCAGAAAGAGCAUGAGAGUAACACCAUGAAGACCUGGGCCCUCCGUGCAGCAGGCUGGCUGUCAAUGUUUGUAGGCAUCAGCCUAAUGACCCGAAUCUUUUACACUUUGGUGGACUGGUUUCCUAUUGUGAGAGAUCUGGUUAACAUUGGAUUAAAAGCAUUUGCCGUCUGUGUAGCCACUUCGCUGUCGCUCCUGACCAUCUCCAUUGGCUGGCUCUUCUACCGCCCUCUCUGGGCUUUGCUGAUCGGGUUGCUCUCUGUAGUUCCAAUUGUGAUUGCGAAAUCUCGUGUUCCACCAAAGAAGCAGCAGUGAGAAGGACGCGGUCGGCUUUUGUGCCAAAUACUGGUUAGAAACUUUCCAAAUGCAUUUCUGUCGCGGUUACCACAGCAUGCUUGCGGCGUAUCACAGCUCAGCAGUGUGCACCAAGAGCUGGGGACAGGGCUUGAAUGUGGUUUUUGAUACACUUUAUCCAUGAAAAAUAUGACUAUAGGAUGCUGUUAGUAGGAAGUCAAUGACAUCGACUUCGAGGAAGAAGGCAUUUUGGAGUCUCUCUAUAUAAGUGAGUGAACAAGUGGAUUUGUACCUCUUACCACUUACUAAUUCUCCCCGAUUUGAGAACUGGCAAGUUCUCACUGACAGUUGGAACACCUUGUGUAUUACGGAGAAAGUGCCAGCUUUAUCCCAUGGAGCGUGAUUCGAUAUCCUUAGGAAAUACAUGUGUGUACCUGCUUCUGACAAUCCCUCCCUCUGCUGCCUUUUCUUAUAUGCACAGGCACGUAUCAUGCACACUUCCGUGGCUGAUGCAUUUGGAAAUGUACGUGUUCAAAGGUAAAACGCAGUUUAGUCAAAUUUUAUACAAUACUUAUACAAAAUGUAUGCUUUUGGACUGAGGAUUUUCAGAGUAACUUGAAAUAACAAGCGACCAGGUUAGCAGUGCUCUGAGGUAGGGUGGAUUUGUCAAAAAGCAUUGAUUCAUCCCAAUUUUUAAAAGUCUCUGAAGUUAUUCUUGGUUAAGCAUCCAAAAUGGUAGCGUGGACUAUACCACUGCAUAACUAUUUCAAAAUUUAACUUCAAAUUGCACUCAUUUAAGGGGAUACUCAGAGGUCACUAACCUUUAAGAAUAAAACCUGCUGCCUUGAAACAAAAUUAACUUUUACAAUUGAAUGUAUAUUCUUUAUAUUUGGGUUUUUUUUUGCUGUGUAUACUGUUUCUUUCUUGAAUUUCACUUAGUAAGGACAAUGAACAUAUGCUAUGAAAUUAAAUAAUGAAAACAUUUUUGCCUGAUUAGAUUUCAUAGACUUUAGGAGCCUAAAUUUUGAGCUUUAUAUCAACGUUAGAGGAAUGCCGCCUUGUAGUGUUGUUGGCUCAUGUUCACACAGUUCUGCUCUAACAAGUACUUGACAUUAGAGACUGUCUUAUACUGUUGUUAAGUCUCUCUCCACCUAGCUAGAGUCUGGCUUCUAGAUGUGCCCUUGCUACACUACAGUGGGGGUUUUUUUCUGUAAAUAUACACAAUUCAGUACAAAAAUAAUGUCUUCAUUUAUGAAAUCCGGUUAUGACCAUGAGGAGAAAUGUGUUCCCCAUACCAAAGGAACUUAACUUGAACAUACAUAGAAGCAAAUGUUUGCUACAAAUGGUACUGAAACAGAGGUCUAAGUUAUAAAUGUUUUUGAGAAGUAGUAAUUACUUUCUUAGCCUUAAUUUUUUUCAUUCUUCUGGUAGUUCAAUGUUGUCAAUUCAGACUCGUGUUUCGAUUCCUCUGGUAAAAGCAGGAGUAGUGAGUGAAAGGUUAUAGGAAGUGCAGGGGGGCUCAUGCACGCGCUGACGGGCGUUAGCGAUACUGCACAGUCUCCUGCUGCUCGCUAACACCGACUUUGUUCCAUCAAUUAAGAAUCACACUCCGCUGGGGGGAAAACCAGGUGUUGGACUAAUGUUUUACCAGUGAUGCAGGAAACUAACCAGCAUUACCAUAUAGGAGAAGACACACUUUUCUACAGAAGUGCUGAGCUUUUGUAUAUUUAAUAAAGUACAA